AUGGGUGAAGGCUGUUGCAAGUGGUUACGAGAACUCGUUGGUGAUGAGACGAAGGAACAACAGAUUGAAGAGAGAAAGAGCGAAGCUGUCCGCUUCUUCAUGAUAGGAUCGGGAGGAGCGGGCAAAACCACUGUUAUUCGUCAAUUGAAAUGUCUGUGUAAGGAUAGUCCUAAAGAUUAUAAGGCAUACAAUCCAAGUUGGCAUUUGAUCGAAAAGACUGACAUAUUCUCUCAAAUAGAGUAUGACUUGUUCAAGAAACGCAUUCGACAGAACAUCUUGUCUUCCAUUAACAACUUGUGCCAGCAAAGUGAACUGUGGGGCUAUCCUAUGAACCACGAGCUUGUCGAAGAAGUCAAGAUGUUACAAGCUGAAUUUGAUUUAAGUGUAAUUGAUGGGGGAUAUGUAGAACAGCAAUAUACUGACACGAUCGUUGACGAUCUGGUAACUCUCAUCAACAAUGAAAGCAUCAAUAAAACUUUGAAAAGAUCUCAUCAGAUGCUACCUCAAUAUAGAAUAGAAGAUGGAACACGGCAUUUCCUUAAUGAAAAUGAUAUCCGGAGGAUAUUUGCAGAUAACACAGUCUUAACCAGUUUGGAUAUUGUGCAUUCACGUUAUCCCACAACUGGAAUCCAAGAUUUUCGUUUCGGUAUCAAAGGAAUGAAGAUUCAGAUUCAUGAUAUGGGUGGUCAAGUCACAGAGCUUGUGAAACUACCACAGUUCAUAAGUCAAUGGUUCAUGAACACUCAUGAUAACAACUUCGUACUGUUUGUCGCAUCUAUGGCUGAUUUCAACUUGGUGGAUGAGUCGAAUCCUGAAUUCACAGUUAUGGACAGAAGCAUAAAGACGUUAAGUAUUAUAUUAGACAUGCCGAUUGUGAAAGAAUGCAGUCUGCUCAUAUUUUUAAAUAAAACAGAUCGAUUCAAUGAAGUAGUUCGGAAUCUGCUUGUUACUCCCGAAGGUCGAGCCGAGAUUUUGAAAUAUUUAGGAAGCGGACUGGACUCAAAGAAGAAAGCAAAAGUCGAAAAUGGGACGAUUGAGGUUGAGGAUUUGCACAAAGCCAUAGAUAGACGAUUCCAAGAAGAAGCCGUGAAAUCAAAGAGGAAAACAGGCGUGUAUACGAAAUUCACUAAAGCUGUUGAUCCGAAAAUGAUGAGCGCCAUAUUUGGAGCUAUCGAAUGCGAAAUCGUGGCAAAUAUAGCAAAAACGAUUUUUACUUGA